CUAAAACUCAAUUCAAUGACUCUCUCAUUCUCAGCCAAUUCUCGUUCUUUCUCAAAAAACCAUUGUGAAAUAUCUCUAAUUUUUUAUUUCUCAUUCACUUCGCUUCUUAAACUCUUACAAUUUUAAUUUUGUCACAUCUUUAUUUUCUUUCUCCUCUCCUCUUCCUUUAGAUUUUCUAAACUGUCUCUUCAUCAAAAUCACAAUGGCCCUUUCGACCACCAGAGGAACCUCCUCUUCCUCUUUCACCCAACGAUGCAUAUAUGAUGUGUUCUUGAGUUUCAGAGGAGAAGAUACCCGCAAUGGUUUUACCAGCCAUUUGAAUGGUAUUUUGCGUCAUAAUGGUAUUAACACUUUCAUGGAUGAUGAGCUUCCAAGAGGAGAAAAAAUUUCAGCUGAACUUCUUGAAGCUAUUGAAAGUUCAAAGAUUUCGAUGAUUGUAUUCUCUAGAAAUUAUGCAUCCUCCACUUGGUGUUUGGAUGAACUUGUCAAGAUUCUUGAGUGUAAGAAUAAUGGCCAAGUGGUGUUACCGGUUUUUUACAAGGUGGAUCCAUCAGAUGUACGUAACCAACAGGAAAAGUUUGGAGAAGCACUCGCAAAGCAUGAAAAAAUAUUCAAGGAUAAUAAAGAGAAGGUGCAGAGAUGGAGGGCAGCCCUAAAUGAAGCCAGCCAUAUAUCUGGUUGGCAUUACAAAAAUGACUACCCUCAAUUUAGAUUUAUUGAAGAAAUUUUAGAAGAGAUCUUAAGUGCUAAAUUAAAUCGUACACAAGUAUUUGUUGUUAAAUACCCAGUUGGAAUAGACUCUCGCAUAGAGGAAAUAAGUCGUAUUUUAGAUAUUAAGUCAAACAAUGUUCGCAUGUUAGUGAUCCAUGGUCUUCCUGGAAUAGGUAAGACAACAAUUGCAAAAGCUAUUUUUAACUUAAUUGCAUAUCGUUUUGAAGGAAGUAGCUUUCUAGAGGAUGUUAGAGAAAACUCAAAAACAAAUGAUGAUGUACUCCAACUACAAAAUGCACUUUAUUAUGAGAUCUUAAGGGCUGGAAAAUUGAAAGUGCAUGGUAGAGCUCAAAGAAGCAAUGUGAUAAUGGAAAAGCUUCGGAACAAAAAAAUUCUUUUAAUUCUAGAUGAUGUGGACAAAUUAGAACAAGUAGAAAAUUUGCUUGGAAGUUGCAAUUGGUUUGCUUCUGGAAGUAGAAUUAUUAUCACAACAAGAGAGAAAAAGUUGCUAUCUCCUCUGCGAGAAGAUUGUCAUUUAUUUUACUAUGAGGUUAAGGAAUUAGAUGAAUGUGAAUCUUGUGAACUCUUUUGUCAACAUGCACUCAAAAGAAACAAGCCUACAGAAGAUUAUUCGAAGCUUGUACACCAAUUUAUAGGUUAUGCCAAAGGACUUCCAUUAGUUUUAAAAAUAAUAGGUGCUGAUUUAUAUGACAAAAAUUUACAAUGUUGGAAAAGUGCCUUAGAUAAGUACAAAAGAAUUCCUAAUUCGGAUAUUCAAAAGGUACUUAAAAUAAGCUAUGAUGGAUUGGAUCAAAUUCAACAAGAAAUUUUCCUUGAUAUUGCAUAUUUUUUUAAAGGAUUCUACAAGAAUUUGGUUGUAGAUAUAUUACAAAGUAGCAAUUUUCAUGACCUAUACUAUGAUAUUGAAAAACUUAUCGAUAAAUCUCUCAUAGUCAUUACAAAAGAUGACAAGUUAUUGAUGCAUGACUUAAUACAACAAAUGGGUUUGGAAAUUGCUCGACAAGAAUCAAAAGUGUCAAAAAAAUAUAGAAGGCUAUUGUGUUAUGAGGAUGCUCCUGAAGUACUAAACGAAGAUACGGGAUUAGAUGAAAUUCGAGGCAUAACAUUGUCCUUGCCACAUCCAAGAAAGAUGCAAUUGAGUCUUGGAAAGAUGAAAAGCCUCAAAUAUUUGACAAUUCGCAAUGUAAUUUGUGAAGACCUUAAAUAUCUUCCCAAUGGGUUAAGGUUACUUGAUUGGAAUGAAUUUCCUUUAUCGUCCUUGCCGUCCACCUAUGAACCUACAAAACUCGUUGCACUUAACAUGCAAAGUAGCCACAUUGAAUUGGACGAGCAUUUCGAGAUUUCCGAAAUUAGAGACCCUUAGCAUUUGCGAUUGUCGGUACCUUCGGGAAAUUCCAAGGCUUCCACGUCGUAUAAGAGAUGUAAUUGCAAUAGGGUGCAAUUCGUUGAAUUCACAAUGCAGAAGAAGAUUAUUUAGUCAGCUUGGAGAUGUGAUAGGGCUUCCACGAAAUUUAGUAUGUGGUUAUUCUAAUAUGAGAUCAUCGCAUCAGGAGUUUGGAUCUGAAUUGGGCUCUUCAUCUGAAUUGGGCUUCGCUUCUAAGUGGUCUCAUUAUAACCUUGCACUUCCAGGAACUACAAUUCCAAAGUGGUUCAACCAUCAGAGCCAUGGAAGUUCCAUAUCAUUCUCAGUUGGUCAGAAAUUUCCAUCAUUUGCUUUAUGUUUUGCUUUCAACAGAAAACGCAAGGAUAAUGUGCCAUCAGUAUUUCAACUGUUUGGUUGUUCUAUCUACUUGUUCA